CCAUCGGAAGGUACUGUGUUUGAAUCAGGCUAGUGCUAGUCGUAUUAAUGGGUUGUGCUUUCUCAAAGAAAAUGAGGCGAUCUCCUGGGUAUGAGGACCCUACCGUUCUUGCUGCUGAAACACCUUUUACUGUUAGUGAAGUGGAGGCCUUAUAUGAGCUGUUUAAGAAAUUAAGCAAUGCAAUCUUUGCUGAUGGGUUAAUUCAGAAGGAAGAAUUCCAGCUUGCCCUUUUCAGGAACAAAAAUCGGACGAAUCUUUUUGCUGACAGGAUCUUUGAUUUAUUUGAUGUCAAGAGCACUGGUGUUAUUGAUUUCGGGGAAUUCGUUCGUUCAUUAGGUGUCUUUCAUCCAGAUGCACCUGUUGUGGACAAAAUUGCAUUUUCUUUCAAACUUUAUGACCUCAGGCAAACUGGCUUUAUUGAGCGCGACAAGUUGAAGGAGAUGGUGCUGGCACUUCUGCAUGAAUUGGAUCUGGUACUUUCAGAAGAUAUAGUUGAAACGAUGGUGGAUAAGUCAUUUAGUGAAGCAGAUAUAAAAGGUGAUGGAAAAAUCGAUCCAGAAGAAUGGAAUGAAUUUGUUUCAAAGCACCCAUCUUUGAUAAAGAACAUGACUCUCCCAUACUUGAAAGACAUAACCUUAGCAUUUCCAAGCUUUGUGGUAAGUUCUGAGGUUGAAGAAUCUGAAUUUGAUUGGUAGCAUUGUCCAAAAGGGAAGUUGGUUUUGUAUGUACAGUCCCAUUUCCAAGGUCCCGUGGGAAGGUCUGAAUAAAGAGUUUGUGACCCCAUUAGACAUGGCCGAGAAAGAAGAUCCAGUUUCCAAGCUGCAACCUUGUUUUGCAAUGAUCAAAGAUUCAAGCUUUUAAUGCGGGGACAGGGAGUAUAAGAGGAACUGUUGUAUGUAGGCUUUGCAUAUGUACUUGGAGCGUCAUAAAUUUUGCGAU